AUGGGUGUUUCCGUAUCUGAUCCGAUUAUUAUUGUCGGCACCAGUGCUUUUGGCCUCUCGACAGCACUCCAUCUCUCUCAACGAGGCUACACUAAUGUGUCGGUAUUCGACAAAAAGGUUACUGGAGACUUGACUGUCUACCAUGCCACACAAGAUGCAGGCGUACAAUUCUUCCUGGGCCAGCCAGUCGACGAGAUAGCCUACGUGAGCACAUUGACCGGCAGAAAAGCCGUUGGGAUUCGCACAAGGGAUCGAUUCUAUCCCUCGUCGCUGGUGAUUCUGGACCUCGGGGCUAGGGAUAGGGAUGCACGGUCUGGAAUUGGCCACACUGACUCCUUGGCUACCCCCCUUUCUUGGUAUUCCAACCCGAAUUCUCUCGCCGAGUAUGUGCCCUAUGAGUCUGCCUCGGUGAUACUCCUGGAGGGGGAUUCAAAACGCGAUUCGAAAAAGGCUGCUUUGGUGGGGUCUCUCGUUCUAGAUCUCAUGGCCACCAGCGAUCAGAGAAUUGCAAUGGAAGUGUCGGAGAUUGUGCCUCAAAUUUUGUCCAGGUUGUGA